AUGAAACAAUUUCCUUUUUUUUCUUCCAUCUUUUUUAUCGCUAUUUCUUUGUGUUUUCUUUCUUUCUUUUUUAUUCAUUAUUUCCUUUUCCUUUCUUUUCUCCCCCUUCUUUUCUUUCCUCAUUGUUUUUUAUUUAUUGGUUUUCGUUUACAUCACUUUUCUGUUUUUGGCUUUCUUCAUUUUUCUUUGUCUGACCUUUCUCAAAUAGUGAAAAUCUAUUUUAAUUACUGUUUUCUUUCUUUCUUUCUUUCUUUCUUUCUUUCUUUCUUUCUAGACCUUCUUUUACAUCUUCUUCCUUUAUGUUAUUUAUCUUUUUUCUUCAUUUUCAUUUGUGUUAUUUCUUUUUUCAGUCGUUUUCCUCUUUCGCUUUACCUUUUUUUUCUUUCGAUCUCUCUCUGCUUGCUUUUGAUUAUUUUCUGGUCCUCUUUCUUUCUUUCUUUCUUUCUCUCUAGGUUUACACUUAUCCAUUUUCUUUGGCUUUAUCUCUUUCAGAUUUUUUUCUUACAAUCAUCCAUUUUUUUCUUUCGCUUUUUCUCUUUCAGUUUUUUCUUUCUUAUAACCCUUCCAUAUUUUCUCUUUCACAUUUUUCUUUCGUACGCCCUUUCCAUUUUUUUCUCUUUCACAUUUUUUUCUUUCUUACAACCUUCUAUUCUUUCUCUCAUAGAUUUUCUUUCUUACUCACUUCUAUUUUUCUUUCACAUUUUCUCUUUCAUAUUUCUUCUUUCUUACACCCUCCCAUUUUUUCUUUCGCUUUUUCUCUUUCAGAGUUUUUCUUUCUUACACCCAACCUGUCCUUUUUUUGUUUUUACUUUGUUAGAUUUUUUCUUUCUUACGCCCUUCAGUUUUUCUCUUUCAGUCUUUUUCUUUCUUACGCCGUUCAGUUUUUCUCUUUCAGUCUUUUCUUUCUUACAUCACUUGAUUUUUUUUUCGUUCACUUUUUUUUCAGAUUUUUUCUUUCAUCCUUCCAUUUUUUUCUUUCACAUUUUUCAUUCAGAUUUUUUUCUUACAUCCUUCCAUUUUUUCUUUCGCUUUUUCUUUCAGAUUUUUUCUUUGUUACACCAUUCCACUUUUUACCUUCUUUUUUUCUCUUUCAGAUUUUUUUUCUUUCGCUUUUUCCCUUUCAGAAUCUUUCUCCCUUACACCCUUCAGUUUUUUCUUUCAGAUUUUUUUUCUUUCUUACAUCCUUCCAUUUUUUCUUUCAAUUUUUCUUACUUAUACGCUUCCAUUUUUUCUUCCGAAUCUUCACUUCCAGAUUUUUCUUUUUCCCUUUUUAUUUUGUUUUUCUUUUCUUUCUUUUUUUCUUUAGGGUAUUUUCUUUGA